AUGGACGAAAGUUCAUGCAUUAUUCAUUUCACGGGAAAAGGCGGGCAAAUAAAAUCUUUAACCACUGAAACAUUAACGAAAAUAAUCGAACGAAGAAAACAGUGGCUGAAUCUCCCUGAAAAAUACGGAGAAUUCAGCGAUGUUGCGGAGAAAACGUACGCUCAUAUCCCUGCCAACAAAGAUGAGGUAUGUGAACAUGACGAAAAACUUGGUUAUCAUGUUUCUUGCUAUCGAAAUUUUACCGACAAAACCAAGCUUGAGAAAGCGGAAUCAACGCUCGCGAAUUUAAAGAGAAAGAAAGACGAAUGUGAAAACCAAGACGAUGAUCCUGUUCCCCAGAAAAGGACACCGACAAGGCAGUCGUCCCGAAUUCAAAAACAAAGCUGUUCCCCUACCAUAUCUAUUUCUGUUCGUGGAAAUGUUCUACCGAAAAGGUGCUUGGUUUGUAAAAAAGCAAAACCUAUUAGUGUAUUUGAAACGGUGAGUAUAGUGAAACAUUGUUUUUAUUUAUUACUUCAAAUAUAAGAGAGGUGAUCUGAGAUUGUUCUUAUUAUAAAGCCCGAAUCAAGUGAGAGCGGAGGAUCGCAAGUUGGCAGUCAAGAUUUACUAUCGUAACAGUCGUUUUAGCAUUACCAAAAUAACUGCUUCGUGAUUUCCAACUAGCGUGAUUGCCAACUUGCGUUCUCGUUUGAUUCAGGCUCUAAUUAUAGUUUCCAUUUUUGUAGCACUCGCGAAAGUAUAAAAAACAGUUCCUAUCAUUGGCACAAACAAUUACGGCAGGAGCACUACAAGAAGCAGCCAAACUACAUAAUGACACUGAUUUGCUUUGUGAAAUUGCAGGGAAAGACUGUGUUGCAAUUGAAGCACGGUAUCAUAAAAAGUGCUAUUUACAGUAUACAAAGAUUUUAACGCGCAAGAUCAAACCUAUUGGUGCAACAGUUUAUGACAAUGCGUUUGACAUUUUUUGUGCUGAAAUUAUUGAAGAAAGAAUUGUUGGUAACAAGGAAAUAUUUCUUCUCAGCUAUUUGCUGGUGGAAUUUAUUAAGAUUGUCAAAAAAUUGAAUGGAGAAACUAUUGUGUACCAAUCAACUAGGUUGAAGAAUAGGAUCCAAGCGCGUUAUCCAAAUAUUGUCUUCCAUUCAUCAAAGAUGAUGAACAAAGGUAUUCUCAAUCCUGUAGCCAAAUUCAGCUGACAAUAUAAACAAAUCCCUCAUUAUUUUGUUUUUUCUUGAUCCCUGUAUUGGGUUUUGGAGAUGUAUAUUUUUCAGUUUUGUUUUUUAAAGGUAUCCUUGUGUAUGCAGAUUGUGUUGUUACAGGAGAUGUAGCUGAUGAAGUGAUGGAUACAAGUAAAGAUGAAGACACAGAUGAAGAGGAUGAAAAUAGUGAUGAAGGCUGCCGCAUGAGUACAAAUUAUGACCCAGAUGAGAUGUUUGAUUGCCCUUUGUCUCAGUUGUUUUAUGUUGCAAUGAACUUAAAAAAUCUUCUUAAUAAUAAUAAAGGGAUGAGU